UUUUAAUAACACUUCUUCAAUAUUUAAUUUCAAAGUUUUGAAAAGUGUAAUAAUCUAAUAAGAUUUCCAUGUUAUUGGUUAAAAAUUAUUUUGCCAUAAUUUGUUAUUAAAAAUUUUAUGUAACUUUUCUUCGAAAUGGAUACAUCUAAAUUAUCUCAAGAUGAAAUUGUCGAUAAAUUAAAACAACAAAUAGCUCUCGAAAACAUAGAGUUGUUACUCACGAAAAUGAGUAGAUUGUGUUUCAACAAAUGUGUCUCAAAACCAGCUUCCUCAUUAGAUAGCUCAGAACAAAAAUGUGUAACCAUGUGUAUGGAUCGGUAUAUGGAAACAGUAAGUCUUGUCUCAAAAUCAUUUGGUGAACGAUUGUUAGCAGAAUCACAAAAUAUGCAAUGAUAAAUUUAAUAUUAUUGUGUUCACUUCUAGUUUUUCCAUUUUGUUCAUUAUUUUAAAUAGUUUGUACUCUUAUUAUUAAAUUACCAAAUUAAUAAAUAUUGUUUUAUUGAUCA